AUGUUAAUUGACGGCGAGAAGUUUGCCUGCGACGCCUGCGUGCGUGGCCACCGCGUCAGCAACUGCCAGCAUUCGACCCGGCCUCUUCAACACAUCAACAAAAAGGGCCGUCCCGUCUCGCAAUGUGCGCACUGUCGCUCCAUGCGCAAGUCUCGGUCCGCUCACAUCAAGUGCGACUGCGGCGAGAAGACGAGCAAGUGCAUCCACCUGCAGCCGCCCGUCGACGGACACCUUGAGACGUGUUGCUGCAACCACGGCGCACCAUGCACCUGUGCCGGCAAGAAGGAGGCGGCCCUGCAGCCUGUGCCCGAGUCCGACUCGGACAGCGGACAGCCAAAGGCGGCUCCUCCCCGACCCAUGCCCAAGCGGCGGCGGGCCAACACGAUUCACUCGUCCGACAUUGGCAUGACCUUUGACCAGCACGGCCAUCACAAGCCGACCAAGCACAACCGUGCCGCCCAGCGCUGCGGGCCGUAUCAGCUCAACAGGGGCAACUCCGUCGCCAGCGCCGGGAGCCUUGGCAGCAGCACCGACAAUCUGCUGUAUCAAAGCCAGAGCGACGCCCACGCCGCGAUGCAGCGCGACUUCCUGUCCUACGAGCAGCGCCAGGUCAAGUCCGAGGCCACCUCUCCUCUCAUGUCCGCCUCGCCUUUUGGCCAGCUGAACCGCAACCUGCCGCCCCUCAACCUGUCGGGCAUCUCCAACUACUCGGCCUAUCCCGCCAGCGCCGGUGUCGAAAUGUUCACCAUGCCCGAUACCGACGUGCUCAGCGCGAGCCUGGCGCAGUCGGUCGACUGGAAUCAGCUGGGACUGGGCGAGGCCAACGAUGGGACAUUUACUCCCUCCAGCUACAGCCAGACUGGUACACACUUCACAGGCAACUUUGAUUUCGGCAGCGGCUCGGAGCAGCUGCCCGCGCUGGCCGGCACGCGGUCUACGUCGGGAGAGACGUCCGAGAUCGAGGACUUUAUGCCCGGCGGCGACCGGGAUCUGGACGGAUUUGCCGCCAGCGGCAGCUACCUCCGACAAGCAAACGUCGACUUCAGCGGUCUCGACUUUAGCUACUUCGACAAGACGGACAGCCAGGUCGACAGCCAGGCGCUCACCGCCAGCGUCUCCGCCGUCGAAGACGAUCCCGCCUUCUACAUCCCCGGCUACACCGAGAACUCAGCGGCACUCGACGAACAUGGCGACGCCCUUUCGCUGAAUUACUGGUGA